UCUAGAAGAAUACCUUCGAUAACUGUUGAGUCCGUUGAACGCUGAAAUCGCUGAAUGCGAGGCCAAUAAUGUGCAAACGUCUAUGUAUUUUUACUCUGUGACAUUUAAGUGAUGAUGAACGUUUCUCUCAAUAAUUUAAAAAGUUCAAGAGUGUCGUAGUCGUAUCAUCUUUUGAAUUUCUUCAAAUUAAUGCGAUUAUGUCGGAGAUUAAAGAUGAUCCACGAGAAGUUCUCGUUCUUCUGAAUUCACUAGGAUUCGUCGGCAUCACUGCGAUUCAACUAAAAGCUUUUAUGAAAGAUUUAAAAAUAUACAGAAAGGUAAAAGAACGUGAAAAGCAACAACGGAAAGAAGAGAUUAAAACGAAAAUAAUUAGCAAACAACAGGCUCUGCUCAAGGAAGCUUAUAAACAUAAACAUGCUAGUACAGCGGAUUGUUCCUCGAAUAAUAGUAUUUCUUCCAAAUCUUCAAAUUCCCUCGAUGAUGAGUCAGUGGUAAAAGUUAGAAUAAGAUGUAUUCCUAAAGAGGUAAACGUAGAAAAACACGAGUGUUUGAGAACAACUGUGAUGAAAUCAGAUGAGAAAUUGUCAAAAACAAGCUACGACAAGGAAAAUGUUCAAGAAGCUGAAUUUGAUGGAAUUUGUGAACAAGUUUAUUCCAAUACUAAAUCUUAUCCAGUUAGAGGUUUAAAAGAAACGAACGAAAGCAAACAAAAUAUUUCUAAAUGUUUAGUAAAAAGUAGCCAUUUGCCAGAAAGGUGUAAGCAAAAUUUAGGAAUAGGGGAACAGAUGAAAUCAGUGACUUUGGCACAAGAGCAUCCAGCAAGUGCGCCUGUUUCAUCGAAUCGUACCCGAUCGGAAUUAAAGAGCGUCGCAUCGGAUCCAGUUGGAAACGUGCGCGCUCAAAGUACAUUAUCUGCAAGAUCGUCUAUCAAUUCUGGACACAAAUCGUUUAUUCGGCCAUGGAGAUUACAGUCUGAGGCACAGAAAAAUAUUAACAAGAAAUGUGAUCCUGUUGCUCUUUAUCAAAAGUACCAAGAAGAAUGGAAACAAAUAUCUUUUCCUGGAGAAGCAAAGCACUCGAAAGUAAGAUGGGCUGUACGAGAAAAAAUGCUCGGUACAGAUCCACAUCCCGUGCCACUUUCUAAAAAGUCGACUAUGCACAAGCCAAUAUUAAAGAGAAAAUGAUGCUUAUGCCGAGUUGUUUUAGGAAAAGGAAAUAUACAUAUCCAAACGAAAUUGAUUCGAUUAAGUAAUGUGACAAUAAUUAAACUAUUUCACUUUAGCAAAUAUAUUUUUUUAAUGAUUUGAUAAUUUGAAUAUUAUUAGAUAAUACAAUAUUUAAAAUAUGUACAUACAAAGAAUGUAAUCUGUAUAUACAAACGGUAAUACAUACGACAUACAAGUUUUUAAUUUCAUAAAAAUUGUUUUUCAUGCUUGAUUAAGUCUAAAUGGACGACAUAAUUUAUUACUGUCUGCCCUAUGUAAGUGGUAAAGUAAUUUUUCUUCUAUUAGUCUGGCUGCUUUUUCCGUAAGUACUAGAGUGUUGUGUUUCAGCAUGCUAUAUACAUUUAGACCUGUACAUAUAUAAAAAAUGAAUACAAAACUUGACAAUGUAUACCAAUGAAUAAAGUUAAUACAUAUAUGGAUGCUA